AAGGAGAAAAAAAACCCAAAGAAUAUAAAAGUAGUAACCAAAUCUUCAUUGCCUUGUUUGGCCCGGAAUAUUGUCAAUCGGGCAAUUCCUACCCGAAAACACACUCUCAAACUCAACUUUUACUUCAUUUUCUAGAGAGAGAAGAGAAGGCAUUGGGUGCGACUGUGUUCUAUGAAGAGGUUUUUGCUGGGGUUUAACCAUUGAAGCUCAACUACGGACGGGGUCUUUUACAAUACUCGCCUUUGAAAAUCAAAAGGAGCUACCGUAUCUUGUUUGCAUUUGCAUUUGUAAUAGUUGGGAAGGAUGUUUAGGGUUUGUGUUAGUAGAAGAUUAACCGGUUCUGAUACUACUAUUGGAAACCUAAGCCACCAACUUUUACAACGAUGUUCUGUGAGUGGUACUGCUAAAGGUAAAGGAAAGGUGAAGCCUGCGCAGGAAUUGAAGAAAAAAUCCAAGAAGGCGCCUAAGAAAGGAGGAGCAGGAGGAGGAACAGACACUGGAGGGGCCCGUAGGACCGGGCUAGCUGCUGAGCUUGAAGAAAUGGCUAAAAAAUGUCUGAAUUCUCCAACCCCCAAAAGGUUUUUGAGGCCUAAGGAAAGAGAACGAGAGGCGGCGCGUGAGAAAUUAGGGCUUAUUAGCAAAGAACGCCAAAGAGAGAUGGAUUUAUUGAAGAAACAAGCGAAAGAGGGAACUGGUUUUGAGAAGCCGUCAAUGAUGGGUACUCCGGGUUUGGAUUUGAUUGCUUUGGGUAUAGUUGAUGCUGAUGCUAUUCCAAAGUAUGAGCUGACAGUUGAAGAUGGUCGCCGACUUGCCAAAGAGUAUAGUAGGGUUUUGAUGAGAAGGCAUCGUGCAAGGCAGAAGGCAGAGACUACACUUCUGAGAUUUAAGAAAGAGGCGAUUGAAGCUUUGCCUGAACCUCUUAAAACUGCUGCUUUGGUCCCUGAUUGGGCUCCAUUCCCUGCUAACCGGUUCAUGGCAACACUGACUCCACCAAUUGAAGGGUAUAUUGACAAAAUCAGGGAGGCAGCUGAAAGAACAUCUGGGAAGGCAAAGCUCAGAUGAUUUUAGUUCAGAUUUUCAUAUUUCAAAUUCCAACUUGAGCCCCAGACUAUUAUUCAAGGCAAGCAUUACGAUUUGUGUUCCUGGCUUACAAUGAUGGAUUUGUGAAUCGAAUAACUUGUGCUUACCAAGGAUAGACUGUUUGUCCUUCCAUAUAGAUAAUCUUGUUCUAUCACAGUUUUUGUAGCACACAGUAUGAGGUCAUUUUUUCCACAAAACAUUGUCUCUUGCCUUGUAUGUUAAGAACAUUUUUCGUAAGAGGUAAGAAAAAUAAUUUAUGGCAACUUCGCCAAGAUUGUGCUUUA